AUUCGAAUCCGCUCGCUCGCCACCCUUAUUCGUUUGGGAAAGCUCGUGCCAUACGGACGUACUUUUCACUGUCUGCCGCAACGCCCGCCCGAACCGAAGUGUAAAACCAUCCGGACGAUUAAUCGUAUCGCAAAUCGCAAAGAUUAAGUUUGCCGGAAACCGAUAAAGCGUUGAAGGACUUUCGAACGAAACAAAAUAGGACUUGAGCUCCCGGAAAGCUAUAUUUCCUUCCUAGUGCGUGCGAGUGAUUUUUGUGUUGAUUUUGAAUUUUUGAAUCGAAAUUAAAGACUAUCAACGAACGGUUGUAAAGUGUUGGUGAUCGGUGAGUGUCAGAAUUCUUAACCAAGUGUUGUGUGCAUCAUUCACCUCCCCGGAUAGGAUUGUCCCAACAAGAAUGGAUAACUUUAAGAAGAAAUCGACAAAUCGUCCCAACCUGGAAUACACGCCCAUCCGACCGCAAUGGACCGGUUCGAGCAAAUCCGACGUCAACAAUUACAUCUUCGGCAACAUGAAAGACAGCAUGACGGACGUGGCCGCCCAAACGGUGGCCGGUUCCACCCUGCCGCUGGUCGGAAUGCCCCGCGAAGAUGAGGAAGCCGGAUCGUACAACCCGUUCGAGCACCGGAAACUGACCCACCCCACCUCGAACGUGGAUACGUUGGUGCAUUUGCUCAAGGGUUCUCUCGGGUCCGGAAUUUUGGCGAUGCCGUUGGCCUUUCUGCAUGCCGGUCUAUGGUUUGGACUAGGGGCUACGCUUGCCAUCGGUACCAUCUGUACCUACUGUAUCCAUGUUCUAGUUAAGUGUUCGCACAUCCUCUGCCGGAGGGCGCAGAUUCCCUCGUUGGGCUUUGCCGAUGUGGCGGAGACGGCUUUCCUAGCUGGACCGGACGGCGUGAAGAAAUACUCGCGGCUGGCUCGAUUCAUCAUCAAUCUGUUCCUCGUGCUGGACCUUAUGGGAUGCUGUUGCAUCUAUAUCGUGUUUGUGGCCACCAACGUGAAGCAGGUGGUAGACUACUAUACUCACAGCCAUUACGAUGUUCGAUACUACAUUAUCGCAUCGCUGAUUCCUCUAAUACUGAUUAACUUGAUAAGGAAACUAAAAUAUCUGACACCAUUCUCGAUGAUCGCAAAUAUACUGAUCGGAGCGGGCGUCGGUAUCACUCUGUAUUACAUCGUGACGGAUCUUCCGGAAUUCUCGGAGCGCAAAGGCAUCGCCGAUCUGCAUCACAUGCCAAUGUUCUUCGGAACGGUGAUCUUUGCCCUGGAGGGAAUCGGUGUAGUGAUGUCGCUGGAGAACAACAUGAAGACCCCGCAGCACUUCAUCGGCUGUCCCGGAGUGCUGAACAUUGGCAUGACCGUGGUUGUGGUUUUGUACGCGUUGGUUGGAUUCCUCGGAUAUCUCAAGUAUGGCGAGGAUACCAAGGGCAGUGUAACGCUGAACUUGCCAGUGGAGGAUAUCUUGGCCCAGUUGGUGAAAAUUAUGAUCGCGGUUGCCAUCUUCCUGACUUACUCGCUGCAAUUCUACGUUCCAAUGGAGAUCAUCUGGAAGAACGUUAAACACAACUUCAACGAACAUAAGAAUGCAGCUGAAUAUGGUAUUCGAAUUGGACUUGUGGCCCUCACCGUUAUCAUAGCAGCGGCUCUGCCCAACAUUGGCCCAUUCGUGACGCUGAUCGGUGCCGUUUGUCUCAGCACCCUGGGCAUGAUGUUCCCGGCCGUCAUCGAGUUGGUCACCUUCUACGAGAAACCCGGCUACGGUCGCUUCAACUGGAUCCUUUGGAAAAACAUCUUCCUGAUCCUGUUCGGCGUGGUAGGCUUCAUCACCGGUACCUACGUCAGUAUCGAGGAGUUCUCGCAGCAUCUGGAGGAAGUAUAAACGAAGACUUACAGCCCCAUUCAGCAUCGGGCCUAUUGAGUUCACUUUCAAACCUGGCGGGUUCGCUGAGGAAUGGAAGUGCACGCAGUAUAAGAUCGGAAGUGCACGUGGUGGUGUCCCGAAUCUCCUUUUUUCUUCCUGGCGCUGCGGCGCCAUGCGAAACAGUACCCACGCGCGAAACUGGUUCUCGUGAGCUGCCGAGAGGUACGGACUUUCCUCCGAACUGCUCGGAAGCCAGUUUCGCCAUCUGGACCAUUCGGGGGUAUCAGAUGCACGUGUCACUUCUACCCAGUUGUGCUUCCUUUGUGGGAAGCGUUAAUUUAUUUGUUACGUUGAAAGUUAUAUUCGAAAAUUCAAGACUAAAGCUAGUUCAAGUUGAUAAAGUGUUGUUCGAAUCAAAUUCGAUUUUUUAUUGUUUCAUUCGCCAAAAAUAUUAUUAACCCCAUAACAAAAAAAACCAUAGAAGCAGAAUUUCAUUAGUCUUAAUUGUAAUAAUGGUAGCUGAGUAUUUAGAUUUAGAACCGAAACAAUUGUGAUUUUGAACCUAUCUCUAGUAUUUUAAUACAAAAGUAAGACACCGUGUUUCAAUUAUUUAAAACUGAGCAGCUGCUUUGCAAACUGGAAAAAUAAACAAAAAAACGAAGCCAAUAAAAAAACUCUCGAAACUUUGUGAGACACAAAUAAAAAUAGCACAAUCUGUUAGACAGAAAAAGACCGCCAUAUCGAAACCCACAGCAAAAAAUAACAAACUAAAACAUAAAUAAAACACGAAUUUAGGAUACCUAUGACACUUUGAAGCGAACGUCUUCCAACCAAUUGCUCUAAGCUAGUACACAAAACAAUGAAUUCGACUUUAAAACUUGAACCAAAACAAAUUAGUUUUACGAAAAAGGGCUAGCAGAAGCUUUAAAUUUGAAACCAGAUGCUGAACUCAUGAACUGUAAUGUUCCUAGUAUUUUAUACAAAGCUUUUAACGUAUAAAUAGUCUUUGGACAUUAGGGCGAACGGGAUUCCCAUGCCGGAAUCCCAACUUGAGGGCUGUUUACAAUAAGUAACCGAAACGCUGAAAACAAUGUAGAAAAUGCAAAAAAAAACUACUACCAGAAACUAUUUAAUAUGCAUGGCAGAUUUGGAGCGAUCCAUUAGUGCAGUAGUACCAUGAAGCAGAUAGUAAGAUAAGCAAACGUUCCCUGUUAUGCGGUUCGAAAUAAUGUUGGAAAACCAAUUCUUUGAAGGAGUGAAUAAUCUAAAUAAAACAGUAAACUAAUUAA